AUGUAUAUCAACCUCACAUAAAAUAAUAAGUCUUGGUGGACUCACACGUCGCUCGUCCCAACAGAAACUUAAAAUAAAGUCUUCAAUUUAGUGAAUGGAUAAUCCAGUUUCUAGAAUAAGUCAACAUUACUUACCACUUAUUUGAGUUUGGAAGCCGUCAAUAGAAUAGGUCCAGUAAAGAAGUUAGCCAUAUAUUUUAAAGCUGGAAUUGUAGGUGCAGUAUUUUUAGGAACAAGGUAAUUAUUUAAUAAAAUGAAUAAUUAGAUUUGCGUCUGGAAGUUAUUAUGCAAAUAGCAUCAAAACAGAAAUAGGCAGAUUACUUGAUGGUGUUCCUGUUUGGGAAAAUAAGUUUGAUGUGCCAGAAUUAGAUAAAAAAUUCUUUUUUAUCGAUGAUGACAAUAACUUUGAACCCUCUUUAUGGCACCACGGCAUGUAUUAAUAAUUGAUUUUAUGUAGCAAUCAGAUUGAUAAGCCUAAACAAUUUUACAAAUUUGAAUGAGCAUUAAAAUAC